CUGGCUCAGAGUCCAUUUCCAUCACUGGAAUCUAUGGAAGGAGAGAGGGAGGAGGAGUGAACUGGAAGAAUGGCUCAGUCAGGCAGUCAGACAGGGCAGCCCUGCUGUAUUUCCCAGGCUGCUCUCUGUGAUGCAGGCAGGAAGGUUGUGUGUAUUCACAGGCCCCACCUCCUGAGGCUCUGCAGCUGCUAGACUGGACACAAAAGGGUGAGAGACACUGGUACGUUUGCCACUGCUGCUUUGCACCAAACUCCCCGCCUUUCCUCGUUCCUAACCUGGAGCAGAUGAUCCCACGGGGGCAGCCGCCUGGGACACACCUGUACUUAAAUACCAGGGUCACUUACCCUGAAGUCAGCUUCAGGCUGAAGGAUCCUGAAAGCAGAUAUUCAGAAGCAGAAGUGGAAAAUGGCAAGCAUAGAAUGCUCUGAGACACGGGACCAGGAGUACCCCAGCAGCAGUUUGGCUCAGGGAUCCUAUGAGGACAGAAAGAGGACCACGAACACAUGGUGUGAAAAUGAUGAUGGCGAUGAGGAGGAGGAAGCUGAGGAAAGCGACAGUGAUCAUUUUGGGAGCGGCAUGCAGAAAGACCAAGAUCCGGUGUCCAGCAGCUCCAUGCCGAGGGAGAGCAAGGCAGAGGACCUUCUGUGUGAGGAAGACGAGGUCUUUUAUGAGACUUUCACCCUUAUCAAUGCCAAUGGCGUGGCCAAGAAGUUGAACAUGAUGGUCAGUCUUCGCACCAAGAGUGAUGAGGAUGAUGAGGAAAGCAGCAAGGAGACGUGUCAGAAGUGGCACAGCCGGCCAGUGAGGAAGCCUGCUGUUCUUCGGCGCAGCCCGCAGGGCAUAAAGCACUUUGGCAGGGUGCUGCCAAGCUCAACGGAGUACGUGGACACUGUGGUUACCCUGGACAGCGAUUUGGACGACCCAGCCAGGGACAGCCUGCCGUGCAAUGGCAUGGAAAGCAUCAAGAGCUACAUGACCAGGAAAGUAGAGGGAGGGGUGUUCCCAGGAAAUCCAAGUAUGGACUUCAGCAAGCCAGGGGGGAGCAAAGAGCUUCCCCUGAAAAGAAAGAGAGGGGUGAAGUGGCUGAACCCGAAAGCUGCCAACAAGCCAGCAGAGAUAGCGGGCAGUGUCGGGGCCCUGAAAGCAGCCACGGUCAGGAGGGUCAGGAUUGGGGCACAGCAGGUGGGCAGCAGCGAGGUGGAGGAGCGGCCUUACAAAUGCAUGCAGUGUGGACGGGCCUUUAAGAAAUCCAGCAACCUCCUGAGCCAUAUCGACACGCACAGUGGGGCCAAGCCGUAUGCCUGCGAGCUGUGCGGCAAGGCCUACUCACACCAGGGUACCCUGCAGCAGCACAAGCGUUUGCACACAGGCGAGCGCCCCUACAAGUGCCCGUUCUGCGUCAAGGCCUACACCUGGUCCUCGGACUACCGUAAACACAUCCGCACGCACACCGGCGAGAAGCCCUACCAGUGCCUGGACUGCGAGAAGGCCUUUGUGCGCUCCUCGGACCUGCACAAGCACCAGCGCAACAUGCACAGCAACGACAAGCCUUUCCCCUGCCAGGAGUGCGGCAAGACCUUCAACAAGCCACUCUCGCUACUGCGCCACCAACGCACCCACCUGGGAGAGAAGCCUUUCCGCUGCCCUGACUGCGGCAAGGAGUUUGCCGUGGCCAGCCGCAUGGUGGAGCACCAGCGCAGCCACACAGGCGAGCGGCCCUACUCCUGUGCCGUCUGCGGCAAGUCUUUCACCAAGUCCUCCAACCUCUUCGAGCACCAGACGCUGCACACUGGUGAGCGCCCCUUCAAGUGCUCGGAAUGUGGCAUGGCCUUCGCCCAGUCCUCGCGCCUCAGCCGCCACCAGCGCAUCCACACCGGCGAGCGGCCCUUCGCCUGCGCCGAGUGUGGACAGGCCUUCGCCCGCUCCUCCACCCUCAAGAGGCACCAGCAGAUCCAUAGUGGGGAGAAGGCCUACCUGUGCUCAGACUGCGGUAAGGCCUUCCGCCAUGCCUCGCAGCUUACCCAGCAUAUGCGGGCGCACACAGGGGAGCGGCCCUACCAGUGCACCCAGUGUGCCAAGGCCUUCACUCAGUCCACCCACCUCAUCCGCCACCAGGCCAAGCAUGGUGCCAGCAAUGGGGAGCCGUUCUCCUCUUCCGACGAGUGAGUCCCUCCCUAGUGGGGCAGCUGACACCAGGCACUCAACACACCUGUCUGCUGAGGGGCCAUAUGCAACAGACCUGGGCUUCAUCGGGUAGAGCAAAUAUGAGAGAGGGUUUGUACACAACAUGGAGCAGGCACCGCUCUCUGACCAAGUUGCUUGUUGACUAGGGGAGGAGAUCUGCAAGUACUUAUCUUCAUAAAUGUACACGAAAGGACCCAACCAGAGCCCUCCUGUGACAGGGGAUACAGACGAGGAGAGAGAUUAUGAAGAAUACAUCCACCUUGUCAUCUGUCCAGGCACCAAGUUCAGCUGUUUACCAAGAUCUUCCUGCUGGACAAAAGUUCAAAAGCACAUCCCAAACUGAUUGACACUCCAUAGCUGUUGCUCCUUCAUGGGCCCUCAUGCCAAUUCCUGCUGCCCCUUCAAGUGUAGUUCUACUCUGAAAAGGGACUAGGUAAGAAAAUGGCAGAUCCGCUCCCAGUACAUGUGUUCAGAGUUGCAUCUGACACAACACUGCUUUUUACUCCUGUUUGCCCUGCAGAGCCAGCUCAGCUAACGGAGUGUGAGCUGGAGUCUAUUCCUGCUUGUGUGUCCUUAAGAGAAUGGUUAAUGAAGAGCUGUCUACAUGUAGAAAUCAUACUGGUUUCACUAAAUAGAUUUUAAAAUAUACUUUUGGUUAAAGUGAUGCAAGACAAAACAUACAUUCCAUGCAGUUCAUGUGAAACACGUUGGAAGGAAACAGGAUGGAAUAGGGAUCACUUAGGGCAUGGUUUACAUGUAGAGUCUCUAUUACUGGUGAUGAUGCAGGAGAAGGAAAAAACCCUUCUUGAUUCUCAGAGCCCAGGUUGCAUAUGCAGUUCUGUCAGCUACAAAAUAUAUCUUAUUACUUGUAAGUUGUAGACAAAUCACUCACAGAAUGUAAAUAUGGAACCCAACGAUGUCAUUUUUAGAGAUCCCUUUGUCAGAGCAUAACUGCACUUUGAGAUAUUAUAAUCUCCGUAAUGAGGAGUGGCCAGCCUGUCAACAAACAGCUUUCCUGAAAUACCUCUCAUAUGAUACCAUGAAAAACAAAACAAACGUAAUUCCAAACAAAUAUAUGUACUGUGGGGUACUUACAAAUGAAGGCACUGGCAUCAUUCCCUUCUUACUGGCCUGUUGCUAGGAAAAGGAUGAAAGCACUUUUUAAAUGGGGUUGUGCUGGCCACGGCUGGCUGAAUUAUUGACACUGUACACAGUGAUUUUCCAAUAACUGCAGAGAUACUGGGUUGCAAAUGCACAACUGAUCAGUUUUUGUCUCGUCUUGCGUCUGAUCCUGCACUGCUGAAGCUGAUGAGUGUUUUUGCCAGUGGGAGCAGGAGCAACCCCCCACUGCUCAAUUCUGCACGUGAAGUAUUCAUAGCUCCAGAUAGCUCUGCUUUAAAACAUCUGUCUGUCCUCAAGACUUUCCAGCAAGCGGCAUCCCAAUUAAGCAGAAUUAGCUUCCUGAUUAAGCAGCAGUCCCAUUCCUUGCUGUUUUAUUACCAGUUGGCAUCAGUCGGUUCCCUAAUUACGCAGACUUAACAAAGUCAACUUUCUUUUAUUGUCUCUCUCUCUCUGUUGGUGAAGCUAGCUUUCUGAAUGUGAACCAGUCUUUCUGAGUCUGCAGACAGCCAGCUCCAAUGUCUCUGCUGCUGCUCAAAAACUUUACUGGCUAGCAGCACACUGGAGUUCCACUGCUGCUUUUCAGAAACUGGUGGGCAGCAGUGAAGAUGUUAGGCAUCUUGUCAAUUUCAUGGUGCUUGAGAAAGCUAGGAAUAGCCUAAGAGGUGACACUGGAGUUACUCACCAGGGAGGAGAACCCAAAAAGCAGAGGUUGUGGGAAACUUCUUCCUCUCACCUUCCUGGCAGCUGUCAAGAAGAGGAUUUUCCCACCUCGCAACAGCCUGGUGGCUCUAAAGGAGUGAGAGAAGAGACAGAAAGCUCCUUCCUCCCUUCCAGCUGCUAAAGCAGGGAUGGGCAGACUUUUUGGCCCGAGGGCCACAUCUGGGUGGGGAAAUUGCAAGCAGGGCCAUGAAUGUAGGGCUGGGGCAGGCGGUUGGGGUGCGGGAGGGAGU